AUGGCUACUACAAAGCUUCAAUUCGCACUCCGCAACAAAAGAGCACUCUUCAGUUUACAGCGUUUCAACAGAACCUACACCAUGGCAACUGACGCACCGAGCUUCCCUUUCUCACGCGCCUCUGGCCCCGAGCCACCCGCCGAGUUUGCCAAACUUCGAGCUACGAAUCCUGUUUCUCAAGUCAAGCUUUUUGAUGGCUCUCUCGCCUGGCUCGUCACUAAGCACAAAGAUGUCUGCUUUGUGGCUACUUCUGACAAGCUCUCCAAGGUCCGCACUCGCCAAGGCUUUCCUGAACUUAGCGCCGGUGGAAAGCAAGCAGCCAAGGCAAAGCCGACAUUUGUCGACAUGGACCCCCCAGAGCACAUGCAUCAGAGGAGCAUGGUAGAACCGACGUUUACCCCAGAAGCUGUCAAGAAUUUGCAACCUUACAUCCAGAAGACGGUCGAUGAUCUACUGGAGCAGAUGAAGCAGAAGGGAUGUGCCAAUAGUCCAGUUGAUCUUGUGAAGGAGUUUGCACUCCCUGUUCCUUCUUAUAUUAUCUAUACACUUCUCGGUGUUCCUUUCAAUGAUCUCGAGUAUCUUACGCAUCAGAACGCCAUUCGCACAAAUGGUAGCUCCACUGCCCGAGAAGCGUCUGCCGCCAACCAGGAACUCCUUGACUACCUUGCAACUCUUGUCGAGCAGCGUCUAUUAGAGCCAAAGGAUGAUAUCAUUAGCAAGCUGUGCACUGAGCAAGUCAAGCCUGGAACUAUCGACAAGUCGGACGCUGUCCAGAUUGCUUUCUUACUUCUCGUCGCCGGCAACGCAACUAUGGUGAACAUGAUUGCACUGGGCGUCGCUACUCUAGCUCAGCACCCUGAUCAGCUAGCGCAACUCAAGGCCAACCCGUCCCUUGCGCCUCAGUUUGUCGAGGAGCUCUGUCGCUACCACACUGCUUCUGCACUAGCCAUCAAGCGUACUGCCAAGGAGGAUCUCAUCCGUGCAAAUGAAGGCAUCAUUGCAUCCAACCAGUCAGCCAACAGAGACGAGGAAGUCUUUGAUAAUCCUGAUGAGUUCAACAUGAAUCGCAAGUGGCCUGCUCAAGAUCCUCUCGGCUUUGGCUUCGGUGAUCACCGAUGUAUCGCAGAGCAUCUUGCAAAGGCUGAACUCACAACUGUGUUCUCAACACUAUAUCAGAAGUUCCCGGAUCUCAAGGUCGCAGUUCCAUUGGGAAAGAUCAACUACACGCCUUUGAACAGGGAUGUCGGAAUCGUGGACCUGCCUGUCACUUUCUGA